AUGGCUAAUGAACCUGGUCGAGGAGACAGCAUCUCUCCAUCAGGCACAACUGUUGCCUUCACAGCCAAGCUGAGCGUGAGUGACAGCUACCCCUGUCACUCUGGAGUCCUGAAGUUUGCCAAUGUGCUGAUCAAUGAGGGAGGAGGCUACAGUCCUGACACAGGUCUCUUUACCUGUUCCGUGGAUGGCCUCUAUCACUUCACUGUGCAUGUGUCUGUGUAUGGCCGUGGGCAGUGUGCUAUAUUCAAGAAUGGAGAGAAAGUAGUGUCUCUGUAUCAUACCUCUCUACCUGAUAAAUGUAGCCAAGUGGCCAGUAUGAGCAGUUUAAUCAGACUGUCCAAAAAAGAUGAGGUCUGGGUGAACAUCUGGGGGCCUGGCAGAAAUGAUAUCUUUGCAACUGAUGAUAAUGACACUGUCUUUGCUGGGGUUCGUUUGGGUUAA